GUACCAAAUGCGGUAAAUGAAUUAUUUUUAUACAAAAUAAUGUUGGGGGUUUUGAAAUAGUUUCCUUUUUCGAUUGGACGUUUCGGCGAUACCUUAUUUGGUCAAGAAGAAGAAGAACCAAACCAAAAGUCAAACAUGAAUUCCAUCUCUUCCUCGUUCCGUCGUUUCUGCGGCGUUGUAGGCACAGAAUUGUUACCAGUCAAGUCUAAAUCUCGACUGUUAUGUGCAAGUCUUCAUACCAGCAAGAAGGUGUACAAUGAUGGCCAGGACAUGGGCUGGUCUUCGCUUGUCGGGCGUCACUUCCUCACGCUCAAAUACUUCACCAAGACCGAGAUUGAACAGCUGCUUUGGACGGCUGCAGACUUGAAGAUCCGCUACAAGCAAAACGGUGAGGCCUACAGACCCUUGGAAGGCAAGUCUGCUGCCCUGAUCUUUGAGAAACGUAGCACCAGAACCAGGGUUUCCAACGAAACAGGAUUUGCUUUGCUCGGUGGACAUGCUGCUUUCUUAUCACCAGCAGACAUUCAUCUAGGAGUCAAUGAAUCUGUGAAAGAUACAGCAAAAGUUUUGUCUGGCUUUGUUGACAUCGCUCUCGCUCGAGUCUACGACCACGAGACUCUCCUCACCUUGUCAACAGAGGGCUAUAUUCCAAUUGUGAAUGGUCUCUCUGAGAUAUACCAUCCUCUCCAGGCUCUUGCGGAUUUUCAAACUCUCCAGGAGCAUUAUGGUUCUGUGAAAGGGUUGACUGUGGCCUGGGUUGGAGACGGAAACAACAUCAUACACUCCCUCAUGAUGGCUGCUGCUCCCCUGGGAGUCAACGUAAGAGUUGCAACACCUAAGGGUUAUGAGGUUUUCCCUCAAGUGGAGAAGGAUGCAGGCAAACUAGCAGAGCAAUAUGGUACGUCCUUCUACUAUACUAAUGAUCCUAUGGAAGCAUGUCAAGGGGCAAAUGUCAUCGUCACGGAUACCUGGGUCAGCAUGGGUCAGGAGGAAGAGAAGGCGGAGAGGUUGAAGGUGUUUGAGGGCUACCAGGUCAAUAUGAAGAUGUGUGGCGUAGCAGCCAAGGAUUGGACGUUCCUGCAUUGUCUACCCAGGAAAUCAGAGGAGGUGAACGACGAGGUCUUCUAUUCUCCUAGAUCCCUGGCUUUCCCUGCCGCUAAGAACCGCAAGUGGACAGCCAUGUCUGUCAUGCUCUCUCUGCUCCAGGAUCAUACACCAACAACGCCCAAACCAAAAUACUAGGAUCGGCAUUCUCAUCUCAAAUCUAUGUCUUGGGGUUAGAAUCUCAUCUUGAUUUGUAGCAUGUGAGUCAGUAUCUUGUAGGUAGAACAUCAUUUUCAUUUACAGACCGCAUUUAUAGUUUAAGUCAUAAAUUCUGGUUAGGGUUAGAGAUCCUUUUUUUCUUCAAAUUGGCAGCACUCAUUUUAUCUUUCAUUUUGUUUCGUUUAUAGCCUCAUUUUCAUACUAAAAAGUCGUCUGAAAGAAGUGAGGAAUGUGACUUUUGUAUGAAGAUACUUCAUCUUUGUUUUCAAAAAUUCCAGGAGUCAAAUGCCAUUUGGGGUAGGGGUCAUUGUUUGACUUGGUUAAAAGUUUCCUCUCGAGAACUGGCAGUAGAACUGCUUUUCGAGAGAAACUCUAAAACUUAUUUUGGAUUGUUUAUCAAGAAGGAAAUAGGAAUCCAUCUAUAUUUAUUGAGAUGCUUUUGAAGAAAAAAAAGUACUGUGUGCAAAACAUAAGAUGUGCAGAUUCUCCCACUUGGCUCAAAACACAGUGUAUAAAUUUAAUGUUGAAUACUCUGCUCAAAAGAACUCAAGAAAAAAAAAUCUGUCAACUCAUUAAAUGCCAGGUUAAAGACCUUUCUGCAAAUUUUGUGAUUUCUUAAUAGAGUGAUGUCAUAAAUAAUAAUGUUUCAUGUAAUCAUCUCUCAGAGACUGUCAUGGUUGAGAUAGUAGUGUAAGAAUUCCAUCUGUACCACGCGGUAGAAUAGUGAGGUGAAGGUGGAUGGAGUCCUGGCUUAGCAUUAGUGUCCUUGGGAAGACAUUAAUCUACAUUUGCCACUCUCCACCUAGGUGUUAAAUGGGCACAGAUAGGAAAGUCUUCCUUGAUUGCUGUGAGUAGCGAAAUCUGCAGAGCCAGGGCAAACAUUAGAGCUUCUUGAGCAACUUGCGUAGCAAAUAUGAGAGCUAUACAAAACAAUACCUACUAGCA